AUGUCUGAAAUGGAAACUAUCACCACACAUUCUCUCCCGAUUGAAGUCAUUCGAAAGGAAGAGGAAGAAACAAAAGAUACCAUCAUUCAAGUAAACACAACCAAUUCGGAAGAAGAAAAUCCAAAGAAAAGAAAAACUCAAAACUCCUCCUCCGAUAGGAAGAAGAAAAAGAAGAAGAAGAAACAUCAUAAAAAGGCUCAACAAGCAUCAUUCCGAGUGUUGAAUGUUCAAUUAUUGGAUCCUAAAUAUUUUCAUACCAUCACUAAAGAAGAUGUAAAGAAAUUAUUUCCUGAUGCCAUUACCAUUUCGAGAAAUUCUGAAAAAACAAUUCGGGUGGGAUUUGCUAAGGAACAAGAUUGUUUGAAAUAUUGCAAACAAGAAAAGAAGAAGAUGAGAAAGAGAGAUUUAUUGAAAAAUAAUGAACGUGAAUCAAAGGAAAAAGAAGAGAAGCAGGAUGACAAUGCUGAGAAGCAACAUCUUAGUGAUGAUGAGGAUGACGACUCAGAAGAUCAAUCCGAUGAAAAUGCAAUGACAAUGCAAGGAACUUCUAACACAAUCAACGAGAAAGACAUUAAGGAAAAUAAUUCAGGGAGCACAUUAAAGAAAUCGUUGGCAGAAGAAGUUGCUCCCUACAAGGUCAAAAAAGUCAUUCAUGGAUUUAAGGUGAAAUUGUGUCCUGAGAAAGUCAAUGCCAUCUCAAAUCCAGAAUGGAAAGCAUUUACCAAAGACAAAUCCAUAGAUGCUCAUUGUUUGUGUGUUUUAUUGGAUAAGAAAAUUGAUGACAAUACGUUGAGUCGUGAAACAUUUAUGAAAUGUUUUCCCACAGCACAAAAAGCAUUGAAAAAUGGAAGAAGAAUUGUUGUGCAUUUCGAAUCAGAUGAAUCAUUAGAAAAUUGUUUCGAUGAAUGUCAAUCCAGUAACAAACUAGAAAAGAAUGGAUUCAAGUUUUAUUUGAGACGAGCGACCAAAAAACAAGUCAAAAUGAAAAAGGACGAUUGGAACAAAGAUUCCACAGAAAAAUAA